AUCUCGAACCCGGGAACUCUAUGUAGAUGACUCACCCCUGGAACUGAUGGUGAGGGCAUUGGAUGCUGAAGGAAAUACUUUUAGUAGUUUGGCAGGGAUGGUGUUUGAGUGGAACAUUGCCCAGGAUAACGAGUUAGCAAGAGAAGAACUGUCGAGCAAAAUUAGGAUUCUCAAAUACUCUGAAGCAGAAUAUUCUCCCCCAGUGUAUAUAGCUGAGAUGGAAAAAGAAGAAAAACAAGGAGAUAUGAUUUUGGUGUCUGGGAUUAGAACUGGCGCUGCUGUUGUAAAAGUUCGAAUUUAUGAACCAUUCUAUAAGAAAGUGGCAGCUGCAUUGAUACGUCUGCUUGUUUUGGAGAAUAUAUUUCUAAUACCAUCUCAUGAUAUCUAUCUCUUAGUAGGAGCAUACAUUAAAUACCAAGUUGCAAAAAUGGUUCAGGGAAGAAUGACAGAGGUGAACUUUCCACUGGAGCAUUAUACAUUGGAAUUGCAAGACCAUAAAGUUGCAUAUAAUGAGUCUCAUUCUGGGAAAGUGGCUUUACUGGAUGAGAAAACAGCCACAGUGACUGCAGUCCAACUGGGCCAAACUAAUCUUGUUUUUGUCCAUAAAAAUGUCCAUAUGCGAUCUGUGUCUGGACUCCCAAAUUGCACCAUAUAUGUUGUAGAGCCUGGAUUUCUAGGUUUCACCGUCCAACCUGGAGACAGGUGGAGUCUAGAGGUGGGACAGGUGUAUGUCAUUACGGUCGAAGUGUUCGAUAAAAGCAGCACGAAGGUUUAUAUUUCAGAUAAUCUCAGGAUUAUGCAUCAGUUUCCAAAGGAAUACUUUGAAGAGCAGCUAACCACUAUUAAUGGAUCUUACCAUGUAGUAAAAGCCCUGAAAGAUGGUGUUGCAGUGGUAAAUGCAUCCCUGACUUCCAUCAUUUACCAGAGUAAAGGUAUGCAGCCUGUACAAUUUCCAGUCAAACACCAGCAAGAAGUGAAGAUUUAUUUUCCCAUCAAGCUUACACCCGUCUUUAUAGCAUUUCCUCAUCAGCCUAUGGGAAUAUUAUAUCGUUAUACAGUACAGGUAGAAGGUGGUAGUGGCAACUUCACAUGGACCUCUUCUAAUGAAACAGUGGCCAUGGUAACCACUAAAGGAAUGGUGACUGCAGGUCAGGUCAGGGGGAACAGCACUGUUUUGGCCAGAGAUGUACAAAAUCCCUUUCGAUAUGGAGAAAUUAAGAUCUAUGUCCUGAAACUGAACAAAAUGGAACUGUUACCAUUUCAUGCUGAUGUGGAGAUUGGCCAGAUUAUAGAAAUCCCCAUUGCAAUGUAUCAUGUAAAUAAAGAGACCAAAGAGGCAAUUGCAUUCACAGACUGCUCUCAUUUAUCCUUGGAUCUCAACAUGGAUAAGCAAGGAGUCUUUACUCUUCUUAAAGAAGGUACGCAAAAGCCUGGACCAAUGCACUGUUCCAGUACAUAUAUAGCAGCCAAAUCUGUAGGCCAUACCCUGGUAACUGUGAGUGUGACACAAUAUGAAAAGUACUUAGAGAGCAGUGCCACAUUUGCUGCUUAUGAACCCCUAAAGGCUAUAAACCCCAUGGAAGUGGCACUGGUGACAUGGCAGUCUGUGAAGGAAAUGGUAUUUGAAGGAGGACCUCGUCCUUGGAUCUUAGAGCCCUCCCGAUUCUUUUUGGAACUGAGCACGGAGAAGGCAGAGAAGAUUAUAAUAACACAAGUCCGACUGCCAGCUAAGAGAAAACAGAACCAGUACGUCUAUCGGGUCCUGUGCCUGGAUUUAGGGGAACAAGUUCUGACAUUCCGAAUUGGAAAUCAUCCAGGUGUCCUGAACCCUAGUCCAGCUGUAGGGGCUGUACAGGUGCACUUCAUAUGUGCCCACCCUGCCAGCAUGUCGGUAACACCAGUAUAUGAGGUGCCAACUGGUGCCCAGCCGUGUCCUCUGCCACAACACAACAAACAACUGAUUCCUGUAUCAAGCCUGAGGGACACAGUCCUGGAACUGGCAGUCUUUGAUCAACACAGGAGGAAGUUUGAUAAUUUCAGUUCACUAAUGCUAGAAUGGAAAUCCUCUAAUGAAACACUAGCCCAUUUCGAAGAUUAUAAGUCAGUGGUUAUGGUAGCAAAGGAUGAUGGCAGUGGGCAGACCCGGCUACAUGGUCGUCAGAUCCUUAAAGUACAUCAGAUAAAAGGGACUGUACUCAUUGGAGUCAAUUUUGUGGGCUAUUCAGAGAAGAAAAGUCCAAAGGAACUUUCCAACUUGCCCAGAUCUGCAACUGUGGAGCUGCUCCUGGUGGAUGAUGUAACUGUACUUCCAGAGAAUGCCACCAUCUACAACCACCCUGAUGUAAAGGAAAUAUUUAGCCUUGUGGAAGGAUCUGGUUAUUUUUUAGUCAACAGCAGUGAGCAGGAUAUUGUUACCAUCACUUACAUGGAAGCAGAAAGCUCUGUUCAGUUAGUUCCAGUACAUCCUGGAUUUCUCACUUUGGAAGUCUAUGAUCUGUGCUUGGCUUUCUUGGAUCCAGCAAUGGCUCAUCUCAGGGUGUCAGACAUACAAGAGUUGGAGCUCGAUCUGAUUGAUAAGGUUGAGAUAGGUAAAACUGUGUUAGUGACUGUGAGGGUUCUUGGCUCUUCCAAACGCCCAUUCCAAAAUAAAUACUUCAAAAACAUGGAGCUCAAAUUGCAGUUGGCUUCUGCCAUUGUCACCCUGACGCUGAUGGAGGAACAGGAUGAAUACUCUGAAAAUUAUAUCCUUCGAGCUGUCACCAUUGGGCAAACCACACUUGUGGCUAUUGCCAGGGACAAAAUGGGGAGAAAAUUCACAUCAGCUCCUCGUCAAAUUGAAGUGUUUCCUCCAUUCAGGCUUGUACCAGAGAAAAUGACACUGAUUCCAACCAACAUGAUGCAGGUAAUGUCCGAAGGUGGCCCCCAGCCCCAAUCUAUCAUUCACUUCUCCAUUAGUAAUCAGACUGUGGCUGUUGUUAAUAGGAGGGGGCAAGUUACAGGGAAGAUGGUUGGCACAGCUGUGGUCCAUGGUACUAUCCAGACAGUAAAUGAAGAUACUGGCAAAGUCAUUGUGUUUUCCCAGGAUGAAGUGCAGAUUGAAGUUGUUCAGCUAAGGGCUGUUAGGAUCCUUGCAGCUGCAACUCGACUCAUCACAGCUACUGAGAUGCCAGUUUAUGUCAUGGGAGUGACCAGUACCCAGACCCCUUUCUCCUUCAGCAGUGCCAACCCUGGGCUCACAUUCCACUGGUCCAUGAGCAAACGAGAUGUAUUGGAUCUAGUGCCCAGGCAUUCAGAGGUUUUUCUACAGCUCCCAAUAGAGAAUAACUUUGCCAUGGUUGUCCACACAAAAGCAGCUGGUCGGACCAGUAUCAAAGUCAUUGUCCGUUGUAUGAACAGUUCCUCUGGGCAGUUUGAGGGGAAUUUGUUGGAACUAUCUGAUGAAGUUCAGAUCCUGGUGUUUGAAAAACUCCAACUUUUUAAUCCAGAGUGCCAAGCAGAACAGAUUUUGAUGCCUAUGAAUUCUCAGCUCAAACUCCAUACCAACAGGGAAGGGGCUGCCUUUGUGAGUUCACGUGUUCUCAAGUGUUUCCCUAAUUCAUCUGUCAUCGAGGAGGAUGGUGAAGGGCUCCUGAAGGCUGGUUCCAUUGCAGGUACUGCCGUGUUGGAAGUCACUUCUGUAGAACCUUUUGGAGUCAACCAAACAACCAUAACUGGAGUUCAGGUAGCACCAGUAACAUACCUGCGAAUGAGCAGCCAACCCAAGCUGUACACAGCCCAAGGAAGGACCCUAUCAGCCUUUCCCUUGGGCAUGUCUCUCACCUUCACUGUUCAGUUUUAUAGUAGCAUCGGAGAGAAAUUCCACACACACAAUACCCAGCUUUAUCUGGCUCUCAACAGAGACGACCUCCUCCUUAUUGGACCAGGAAACAGGAACUACACUUACAUGGCUCAGGCUGUGAACAGAGGAGUGACACUUGUAGGCCUCUGGGACUGGAGACAUCCAGGCAUGGCAGAUUAUAUUCCUGUUGCUGUAGACCAUGCCAUUGAGCCAGACACCAAGCUUACCUUUGUUGGAGAUGUUAUCUGCUUCAGUACUCACCUCGUCAACCAGCAUGGUGAAUCUGGGCUAUGGAUGAUUUCUGCUGACAACAUUCUACAAACAGACAUUGUCACUGGGGUAGGAGUAGCCAGGAGUCCAGGAAUAGCUACAAUCUUCCAUGACAUCCCAGGAGUAGUGAAAACAUACCGAGAGGUGGUGGUCAAUGCAUCAUCAAGAUUAACUCUGAGUUAUGACCUCAAGACUUAUCUCACCAAUACCCCCAAUUCAACUGUGUUCAAGCUUUUCAUCACCACUGGCAGAAAUGGUGUCAAUCUUAAAGGAUCCUGUACCCCAGGUCAGGCCUUGGCCAUUACAACAAUACUUCUUCCAGAGACCCUCAUGCUGUGCCACGUACAGUUCAGUAACACCUUGCUAGACAUUCCAGCAAGUAAAGUUUUUCACAUCCAAUCAGAUUUCAACAUAGAGAAAGGAGUUUAUAUCUGCUUAAUCAAAGUUCGACCCCAGUCAGACGAGCUGCUUCAGGCCCUCAGCAUAGCUGAUACCUUAGUCUAUGGGUGGGCCACACUUGUCAGUGAACGUACCAAGAAUGGAAUGCAAAGAAUCCUCAUUCCUUUCAUACCGGCCUUUUACAUCAACCAGUCAGAAUUGGUUUUUAGCCACAAAAAAGACAUCGGGGAGAUAAGAGUACAGGGAGUGGAUCGAGUUCUUGAGAAGUUAGAGGUCUUUCCCAGCUCCCCAGUUCUAGUGGUCUCUGGCCGUAGGCACUCUCCCCUCACACCUGGCCUGGCCAUCUACCCAGUAAGAGUAGUCAACUUCACUUCCCUCCAGCAGAUGGCAUCACCUGUUUUCAUCAACAUUUCCUCUGUGCUCACCAGUCAAAGUGAGGCUGUGCUGGUGAGAGCAAUGAAGGAUAAGCCUGGUGCAGAUCAAUGUGAAGACUCAGGUGUCCUCCAGCAACUUACUCGUUCUUACCAGAUCCUCCUCUUUACCCUCUUCGCAGUGUUAGCAUCAACAGCUUUCAUCUUUCUGGCAUACAAUGCCUUCCUAAACAAGAUACAGACAGUUCCAGUUGUUUAUGUACCAACUCUAGGAACAACACAGCCAGGUUCUUAUUCUUCUACACACUCUACCCCUCCCUUCUUGAGUCCACAACCUCCAGUGGCCCAGAGUCGACUACAGCAUUGGUUAUGGAGUAUAAGACACUAAACUGCGUUUGGCCAAGUCAACUUACCUGUAGCAGAAUGGAGAUUUCUAAACCUAGAGCAGCAAUUUCUACACUCGUAAGCCCUAAAUGAGGCUGACUUGCAAAUAAAGGAUUC